AAAGGUAUUCUUAUGCACACUUUUUUAUUAAAGCUCCGUUAAAAUUAAAGUGUAUAUCAAGCCAGUGAGGGAAAUUGUGUUUUUUGGACCAAAACAUACCCCUGAAUCGACUAGCAAUGUUGUUCUGAGGGUAGGCUCUGUCGUUUGGUCCUUUUUCGCCACCUGAAAAAGUUUACUUUUCAUUUUUUUGAGCAAAAGCCGCGCUAUUUGAAGGGGCAUGGGUCUAGUGCUCAGUGACGUAGAUUACGGAACACACUGAGGCAGCGCCAUUUGUUUAUAUGUAAAAGAAUACGGUAACACGCACAUCGAAAUGCCUGAUCGCUGUGUUGUGUAUGGUUGUGGUAAUAAAAAUGACAAAGGGAGUAAAGAGAAAGGAAUUUCACUUCAUCGUAUCCCAUUUUGGGAGGAUGAAAGGCCAGAAGCCAAACGCAGGAGAAAGAGAUGGGUUGACUUUGUUCAACGAAAACGUGCGAAUUUCAUUCCGUCGCAGUACUCUGCUGUCUGUUCCGAUCAUUUCAGAGAAGAGGAUUUCCUAAGAAAAUUCACGGCACUGCUUGGACCAACAGAAAGGCUACAGGCAGUGUUGAAGCGCGAUGAUUUUGGCAUCCUUGCCUUUCCGACAGUGUACCCUAUAGCUUCUUCUGCACUGGUUGCGACUGGAGAAUUUACACGGCCUAAGCCAAAGAGGUCUAGGGCACAUCGCCAGACCAUUCAGAACGUAUUUGCGUCCAUCGCAACGGAAGAAUCAGCCACAGAUUUGCAUUGUUCCGAGACGGCAGAAGUUGAAGAAUCGGUUGAAAUACCCGAAGAUUGUAGUAUAAAGAGUGUUGCAUGUCAGACAGACAACUGCACUGGCUGUAAAUGGUUAUCUGGUCAAAAUCAGCGCCUUAGAAGUCUUUGGCUUUCUUGUAAAUUUAAACUAAAAAAACAAAGACAAAAGUGCAAAAGGCUAGUAGUACAUCCAGGCAAAGUGAAAACCUUAAGAAGUGAGACAAGACCACCAAAACCUCUUCACCAUCAAGUUGAUGCUUCGGACACAGAUGAAGAAAUUUUCAGUGAUGAAGAAAAUGUCCAUCUAGAAGAUAUGGAAGAUGUAGAUUAUGAUAUUGAAGAAGACACUGAUCAGUCUGAUGAAGAGAUUGGAUUUGAUGAUAGACAUUCAAAAGAUGACAACCUCAGGAAUGAAUCAAAGUUUAUUGUUUUUAUGUCACAGCUAUUGCUGUUGUUUCAGUUGUGUCCUGUCUGCAAAACAGCAAAUCCUCUUAUCACCACACGUCAGAUUGGAACCAUGGUGGAGGUGAAAACCACAUGUUCCAGUAUUCAGUGCCCAUCAAAUGAAAACGUGUGGAGAAGUCAGCCAGAUAUGAAAGGAACCAGGAUCCCAGCUGGAAACCUGCUCCUGUCCUUUGCUACUCUUGUGGCUGGUGCAUCAGCCAGUAAAAUAUUUAGAGUUUUCAACCAUAUGGGGUUGGCAUGUUUGUCUUUGACUACCUUCUUCAAGCAUCAGAGGGAAAAAAUUAUACCAUCUGUUUAUCUGUUCUGGAAGCAAUGUCAAGAAAAGACUAUAAACGAUUUGAAGGAAAAAGGGGAACCUCUUAUUAUUUGCGGAGAUGGGCGACAUGAUAGCAUGGGCCACUCUUCAAAAUAUGGCGCAUACACCAUAUAUUGCUGCAACAACAACAAAAUAAUUGACUUUUCUAUUGUUCAACGUAAUGAAGUGGGUAAUAGUCCGGCAAUGGAGUUUGAAGGUUUCAAGCGAUGCUUCAACAACAUGGAGAGUGCUGGAUUGAAAGUAUCAACAUUUGUGUCAGAUCGACAUAUGACAAUAAGGAAAGCUUUAAGAGUAGACCACAAAGAUGUCAAGCACUAUUUUGAUUUAUGGCACCUUAAAAAAAAACUUAGAAAAGAGCUGCUAAAAUUCUCAAAGAGGAAAGGGUAUGAAGCUUUAGAAGACUGGGUUCAACCAUGUACCAAGCAUCUCCAUUGGAGUGCAACGUCCACACCCAAUGGCGAUGGACAAUUGAUUCUUGCAAAAUUCCAGUCGUUUCUUCAUCACAUUGUUAAUGAGCAUGAAAAUUUUCCGAACAAUUUGUUCAAUAAAUGUGCGCAUUCCGAAAGUAUUGGAGAACGUAAAUGGGUUGAUAAAGGCAAGUUUUUUUUGUAG